UUCCCUCCCAAAAAUCCGGAUUCAAAUUUGAAAAUGAGAAUCGCCGAGAUUUCGUCACUGGAGACACGGCAACAAUUCAGCCACAACCACCACAACCGCCUCAUCUCUCAACUCGACUCUUUGAUUAAACAAACCGAAAACCACCACUCUCCUAACAACCUUUCCACUCUCUCCUCCGAUCUCAGACAAACCCUAACUCAACUCACUCAACUUGCUCCCUUCCCCAACAACUCACUUAAGCUUCAACUCUGGAAACUCACCUACCGUCUCUGGAACUCCUGUAUUGAUCUUUCAAAUGCUGCCUCCAUUUCUCGCUCUUCCGCCGCCACCGAACACAUCACCAUUCUUCGCCAAGUAGCCGCCGAUCUCCUCUCUCUUGCCGCUGACGUCUCCGGCGUUCCUUCUCCUGCUAUCAAGAUUGCCUCCUUCUACUACAAAACCGGUCUUAUCUGGCACAAUCUCAAAAAGUUCGAUCUCGCUUCGAUUUGUUUUGAAAAAGCCACGGAGAUCGUAUCCAAGCUCGAUAUUAAGAAGAUUUCCGACUUGGGAGAGAAGAAAAUGAUAUUAGAUAUAAAUAUCGCAAGGUCUCGCACUGCCUGGGAAGUUCUUGACCGAAAUAUCGCGAUCAAUUUACUCAACAGGGCCAAAUGUCUUCUCUUCGGCUCGUUUGAGCAUUACAAAUCGCUUGCAAAUCAGUUCUUAAUGUUUGGCAAGAGCGUUUUAUCACAGCACGACUCCGUUUCAUUGAACGAAGCGUUGAAGCUUAUGAACGAGGCUUUGGAUCUCUGCGAGAAGGGAUUGGAUGAAGUGAGAACUCUUGAAGAGAUAUCGGAGCUCAAGGAUUUAAAACUCAAAACACUGCGUUUCAUCUCGGCGGUUCAUUUGCAAAAGGGAGAGUACGAGAGCGUGAUCAAGUGCGUGAAGGUCUUAAGAGAGGGUAGUGACGGAGGGGACCGCCACGCGAGUUUGCCGGUUUUGGCAAUGAAGGCGUGGCUGGGUUUGGGGCGGUACGGUGAAGCGGAGAAGGAGCUGAGAGGCAUGUUGGUAAUUAAGGAGGUUCCGGAGAGUAUUUGGGUGUCGGCGGUGGAGGCUUACUUCCAGGCGGCGGGAACGGCGGGUGCUGAGACUGCUAAAGGCGUGUUUCUGGGACUGUUGGGAAGGUGCCACGUUAGUGCCAAAGCUGCAGUCAGAGUGGCCCACAGGGUUGUUGGAGAUGAUGGGGAUGGUGUUAGCGAAGGCGCGGCCAAAGUGAGGGCUAAGGUGGUCUCGGAGUUGGUAUCUGAUGAGAGAGUACUGGCCCUUUUUGCCGGUGAUGGUGCGGCCAAGGACAAGACCGCCAUGCAUGCCGUUUUGUGGAAUUGUGCCGCAAAUCAUUUUCGAGUGAAAGACUAUGAAACGAGUGCAGAGAUGUUUGAGAAAUCCAUGCUAUAUCUUCCAUAUGACAUAGAAAAUAGAAAUCUCCGGGCCAAGAGCUUCAGAGUAUUGUGUCUCUGUUACCUUGGUCUUUCCAAGCUUGAUCGAGCUCAAGAAUACAUUAUGGAGGCAGAAAAGCUUGAACCCAACAUAGGCUCUGCUUUCCUUAAGUUCAAAGUCUAUCUGCAAAAGAAGGACCAUAAGAGUGCUGUUAAUCAAAUUCUGGCAAUGACCAUCUGCUUCGACUUCACUCCAGACUUCCUUUCCCUUUCAGCCCAUGAAGCUGUUGCUUGCCGUGCUCUUCCAGUUGCUGUUGCUGCUCUAUCAAAUCUCCUAAACUUGUACACGUCAGGAUCAUCCAUGCCAACAACAGAAGUUGUAGUGUUACGUACCCUAGUCACAAUCCUGACUCAAGAACCAGGCAACGAGUCAGAAAUCCUCAAAUACAUAAAACGAGCUCAUACACGGGCAUCUGAGCUUGGGACCCACUGUUUUUUUGGCAAAGAGGAGACUGGAAGACGAGAACAGAAUUGGUUUGCAGUGAUGUCUUGGAAUUUCGGGACAAAGUGUGGGAAGGAAAAGAAGUAUGAAUUAUGUGUUGAAUUUUUUAGAUUCGCUUCAGAAUUAUUUGGCAUUUCGGUUGACGAACAAGUGGAAGAAAAUAGUGUCAUGGUUUGCAAAUCCUUAGUACUGUCUGUUUCUGCUAUGAUAGCUUCAGAGAAUCAAAUGAAGACUACAUUGCUGGACGCUGAAGUGAAACACGCUGUUGAACUGCUGGAAAAAGCAGAGAAGAUAUUGAUUUCAUUGUCACCUGGGUCUAUGGAGUCCGAACUCUUCUUCAUGUAUACAAUCACCGCCUAUGAUAUACAAGGGAGGCUCAACAAUCCAGAAUUUCAACAACGCCUUGUAAAGAACUUUGCCAGCUCAAAGGCUUGCAAUCCCAAUAGCCUCCUCCAGAUUGGUCUCGCUGCAUCACAGGGUCCAAGAUCCAAUCCUCAAGUAGCCACCUUUGCUCUUAACCAGAGCCUCUUAAUUCUCCUUUCUUCACCCUCACCCGACUACCAUAAAGUGGCACUAACUGUUCGCAAACUAAUUGCAGUAGCCAGCAUUCACAGAGGGGAAACAGAUGAUGAUGCAGUGCACAGUAUGUACAAGCAAGCGUAUCGAAUAAUGGUAGGGUUGAAGGAAGGUGAGUAUCCCUCUGAAGAAGCAAAAUGGCUUGCCAUGACUGCUUGGAAUCGAGCGGCAGUGCCAGUGAGACUGGGUCAGAUUGAGCUUGCAAGCAAGUGGAUGAGUACCGGAGUGGGAAUUGCUGGGAAAGUUGUUGGAAUGGAGACUUAUAAGGCAUGCAUGGAGGAUUUCAUUUCUAGUUUUGAAAAUAAAUGGCGCGAGCACAAAACCCAUAGUAGUGAAAGUAGGCCUUAGAUGGUCUAAUGAUCCAUAAUUUGUGAAUCUUACCGAAAUCGUCAGUGGUACAUCUAUUUUGUAAAUUGUAUACAAGCUUUACAUACACUUUUGAUACCGAACCCAAAAGAGACAUUAAGGUUUAAGAGGAUUAUAUAUCCAUGAAAAAUCUUACAUAUUAGACGUUCCAUAUUUUAA